AUUAAUACUGAGUUAUCAUUUCAAUUGUUUGACUCUAAUGCUGGCGUUGUUACACAGACUGGACGAUCAAUAAUUAACUCCUACGGUAUGACAGAGGCGUUCUCAGCAGUGACCACCGGUACACCAGACACCCUUGCCCUCCACCCUGACUCUGUGGGCAAAGUGGUGCCUUAUAUACAGGUUAAGUUUGUGGAUGUAAGGACCGGAAGGAUGGUGGGUGAGAGACAGGAGGGGGAGGUAUGUGUGCGAGGGUCAAGUAUCAUGCUGGGCUACGCCAACAAUCCCACAGCCACAGCCUCAACUAUCGACCCCUACGGCUGGCUCCACACAGGCGACGUUGACUACUAUGACCAAGACAACUUCGUCUACCUCACCGGCAGGAUUAAGGACCUUAUUAAAGUUAAGGGAUACCAGGUGUCCCCCGCUGAGCUGGAGAAAGUGUUGUUGCAGUACGAGGGUGUGGAGGAGGCGGCGGUGGUGGGCGUCCCUCCCCGUAAGAUGGGCGAGGCGCCACGGGCCUACGUGGUGCCUACAUCAGGCACUGUCCUACACCUUCCACACCUACAGCAGUUCGUCGCUG